AUGGCGUUUCCAGUCGUGACAGUCGCGGGAAAUGGCUUCCUGAAAUCGAGCGUUAGGUUUCAGAUCAAAGGCGUUGCGUACAUCGGGGACAGCUCGGGUUCUAGUAUAAUCGAUACGUUGGCCGAUUCCAAUGCCGACCAGUGUGCGAUCGAUGCACCACUUAUUAAGGAACUAGGGGCCAAUACCAUCAGCGUGCACUAUGUAGAUCCGACUCAGGGCCAUGAUAAAUGCAUGCAGUCUUUCCAGGACAAUGAGAUAUAUGUCAUUGCAAACAUGGCAACCCAGAGAGAUUAUUCCGACACGGAUAUGUCAGGACUAGACCCCAGCUCGAAUCUGGGUAACUCGACAUGGCAGACGAGCGUCUUCAACCAAUAUGCGGCUGUACUUGAUUCAAUGGCCUCAUAUGAAAAUCUAUUAGGCCUCAUUGUAGGCAACGAGGUAGUUGACAAAUCCACUCAAGUCGACCUCGCUCCCUUCUUGAAGGCCGCAGUUCGAGAUAUGAAAGCAUACGCCGUAGCUAGGCAAUACCGUACUAUACCCAUCGGAUACUUCACAAGCGACGACGAUAAUUGGGCCCAGCAAAUGGCAGAUUACCUGGUUUGUGGCGGCAAUACGAGCGAAGCAAUCGACUUCCUCGGAUUUAACGACUACUCCUGGUGUGGCCAGUCAUCAAUGAACAACUCUGAUUAUGGGCAGUUGACGUCGGAUCUAGAAGACAUAGGCGUGCCAUUAUUCUUUUCAGAGGAUGGCUGUACUUCAGUCCAGCCACGGACCUUUGAUGACCAGGCUGCAAUUUUUGGAUCAAAUAUGUCUGACGUUUGGAGUGGUGCGAUCAUAUACGAGUGGCGAAAACAAAGUGGCUCGGAGUCGGAAUUCGGAAUUGUCUCUUACACCACCUCUGCGCCCAGCACGCCGACACUUCUUUCUGACUACAGCGCCUUGAGCAGCCAGUGGGCUUCAGUGACCAUGGCCGACAACGCACCAUCGACGUUACCUACUCCGUCCUGCCCUGCGUCGACUGGAUCUUUCUGGCCCGUCGACCCCAGUGCUGCAUUGCCGACGAUAGCGGGCCUCAAUUUUGCGAACAUAAAACCGGCCAGCGCUAGUUCGACUGCGACGAGUAGUGGCGCCGGCACCAGCACCAUCACCAGUACCAGCACCAACACUGGCAGCCCCAACCUCGCUACCUCGGAUUCUGGGCUCUCGACUGGUGCAAAGGCCGGAAUAGGCGUUGGUGUUGCCUGUGGCGUAAUUUUGGUAUUGAGUGUUUUGUUCUGGGUUUUAUAUAGGCGCCGACGGCCAAACAGCAAGCUAGAGUCAUCGUCAGCCCCCAUUUCGGCAGGACCGGUGCCAGAAUUACCAGCUACCAAGACCUGGCGCCAUCCACCAAGCGAAUUGCCGGCUGGAGAAGACGGCCAAGCACAGGAGCUAGACUCUGUUGCGGUCCACGAGGUUGGUAAUGAGGCUCACAGGCCUGAAGGGGAAGAAGUAAAGCGACCGUCGAGUCGUGACAGAACCGUGUAUAAGUAG